UCAUCUACUCAAGGAAGGCGCUUUGUUGUGCUGUGGCGGAGAGAACGACGGAGACAAUUAUCUUCAAAUGAGUCGCGAACGACCCCGACGAUAACACUUCGCCCGGUUCUCUUCAGUCCAGAGCCGAGUCAAGUGCGGAGUCAACCCGGGGGAAAGUUGCGCAUUCGUGGGACUACAUCAGCUCAGCGGUGAGCUAGCGUUAGCCCCCCCCCCCCUCCCUCCCGCGAGAGGGAGUCCAGAUUGGAGCGGAAGGAAUUCAGGCACUGGGAAGAAAUCCACUGCGAUGCCUCACGCGAGUUGGACCAAAACUGCAUUUCACAGUUCCGCCCGGAACCACGGCGCCGCGGACACGAAGUAUGCGCUCGCUUGACUGAUAGCGACCCCGGCGACGACACUUCGGUGGUCGGUUCUGUGCGCGUCAACGCGCCAGGUUAGCGAGCUAGCUAGCUAGCGAGUUAGCCACGUAGCAUUCCAGUUGGGGGGCAGGAGAGGGGGGCGGGGUAUUCAAAAUGGCGGAGGGUUGGUCCGUUCCCUCGGCCCUCGUCUUCAUGCUGUGCGGUCUCGGCGCCUGGGCCCUCGAGUCGUGUCCGGCUCCCUGCUCGUGCACGACGGCACAAGAAGGCGAGGUGCGUGUUCUGGACUGCAACAGGAAGCGGCUGUCGACGCCUCCCCUGGACCCCGCGGACGGGGUAACCCAGGUCACCAUGAAUCACAAUGAGCUGACGACUCUUCCGUUUCUUGGAGACGUUUCCUCAAACAUCACCUCGCUGUCAUUAGUCCACAAUCGGAUCUCAGAACUGUCAAUGCAUCAUCUGCAGCCCUACGUUUCUUUAGAGACGCUGGACCUUACAUCCAACUGGAUCUCUGAGCUCAGAGUUGGAUCAUUUCCCUACAUGCAGCUGAAAUACCUGAAUUUGAGUAACAACAAGAUCAGCGUCCUCGAGCCCGGUUGCUUCGAAAACAUCUCCAGCACCCUGCUGGUGCUGAAGCUGAACAGGAACAGAUUGGCUGUGUUGCCGCCGAAAGUCUUCAGACUUCCCCAGCUUCAGUUCCUUGAAAUGAAACGCAACAAGAUUAAAAUAGUGGACAGCCUCACGUUCAAAGGGAUGGACUCGCUGAAGUCACUGAAGAUGCAGAGGAACGGCAUCACCAAGCUCAUGGACGGAGCCUUUUUUGGACUGAACAACAUGGAGGAACUCGAGCUGGAGCACAACAACCUAACCGAGGUCAACAAAGGUUGGCUGUAUGGCCUGCGCAUGCUGCGUAUCCUGCGGGUCAGCCAGAACGCAGUCUGCAUCAUCCGACCAGAUGCCUGGGAAUUCUGCCAAAAGCUGGAGGAACUAGACUUGUCGUUUAAUCAUUUGACCCGACUUGAGGAGACGGCUUUCGUCGGAUUAAGUUUCUUGGACAGCCUGAACCUGGGAGAGAACUCCAUCAGCCAUUUGGGAGAGGGAGUGUUCAGUGGCCUGUCUAGUCUGCGAACCCUCGAUAUCCGCAACAAUGAAAUCUCCUGGGCCAUUGAAGACUCCAUCGGCGUAUUUGUUGGAAUGAAGAAGCUGAACACACUAAUCCUACAGCGGAACAAAAUCAAAUCAAUCACCAAGAAAGCGUUUGAGGGCCUGGAGGAGCUGGAGCACCUAGACCUCAGCAAGAAUGGCAUCAUGUCGAUACACCCGGAGGCGUUGUCCCACAUGACGCUCAAAGUUUUUGUCCUGAACACCAGCAGCCUGCUGUGCGACUGCCACAUGCAGUGGUUGGGGCCGUGGCUGAAAGACCAUGAGUUCCAUCAGUCCGUCUCUGCCGUGUGCGCUCAUCCUGCCACUCUACUCGGUCGCAGCGUCCUGACCGUCACCCCAGAAGAGUUUGUUUGCGAUGAUUUCCCCAAGCCUCACAUCACGACUCACCCAGAGACGUCCGUGGCACUGCGGGGCAACAACGUUACUUUGAGCUGCUUCGCAUCCAGCAGCAGUGAUCUGCCAAUGACAACGGCUUGGCGGAAGGAUGGGGAGGUGCUGUACGACGCCGAAGUGCAAAACUACGCCCGCUACCAGGAGGGCGAGCUCAUCUACACCACUAUGCUCCACCUCCUCAACGUCAACUUCACCGACGAGGGGCGCUACCAGUGUGUCGUCUCCAAUCACUUCGGCUCCAACUACUCCAACAGGGCCAAGCUCACCGUCAACGAGCUGCCAUCCUUUCUCAAGACUCCCAUGGACCUGACGAUCCGGACUGGGACCAUGGCCCGGCUGGAGUGCGCCGCCGAGGGCCACCCGUCGCCGCAGAUCGCCUGGCAGAAGGACGGGGGCACCGACUUCCCCGCCGCCCGAGAGCGACGGAUGCACGUGAUGCCCGACGACGACAUCUUCUUCAUCGCGAACGUGAAGACGGAAGACAUGGGGGUUUAUAGCUGCACGGCUCAGAAUGCGGCUGGUAGCCUGUCGGCGAACGCUACUCUCACUGUCCUGGAAACUCCAUCCUUCAUGCGACCGCUGGAAGACAGAACCGUGGCCCGCGGCGAAACCGCCGUGCUCCAGUGCAUAGCCGGAGGAAGCCCCGCCCCUCGUCUCAACUGGACCAAAGACGACGGACCCCUGGUGCUGACGGAGCGCCACUUCUUUGCUGCCGCCAACCAGCUCCUCAUCAUAGUGGACGCGGGUCCGGCCGAUGCCGGGAAAUACACCUGCAUCAUGUCUAACACUCUGGGGACCGAGCGCGGCCACAUCUACCUCGGCGUCUCGCCGUCGCCGAACUGCGACACGGGCGCCGGGUACGACCAGGACGGCUGGACCACCGUGGGCAUUGUGGUGAUCGUGGUGGUGUGCUGCGUGGUCGGAACCUCACUGGUCUGGGUCAUUGUCAUCUAUCACAUGCGCAGGAAGAGCGAGGACUACAGCAUCACAAACACAGAUGAAAUGAACUUGCCAGCAGACAUCCCCAGCUACCUGUCCUCUCAGGGAACUUUGUCGGAGCCUCAGGAAGGCUACAGUAACUCUGAAGCUGGCAGCCACCAGCAGCUCAUGCCUCCGCUCUCCAAUGGAUACGUACAUAAGGGGACAGAUGGCGUGUGUUAUGGAGACACAGGCAGCGAAGUGGAAAUCGAGGGCAACGGCUUGCUGCACUGCAGAGUUGGCUCUCUGUUCACCGGCCGUAGCAGUUUCCACCCUGGGGAUCCCCGUGAGGGACUGUCAGGAGUCCCCACAGGUGGAGCCGGUCAGCUGGUCAUCUGCUCCGACUGCUACGACAACGCCAACAUCUACUCGCGCACACGGGAGUACUGCCCGUACGCCUAUCUGGGAGAGGACGACCCGCUGGACAAAACUCUACCGGGCCCGAAGGAGGGCUUCGGCGAGCACGGCCAGCACUUGGACGCGGCGCUGGAGGGCUUCAUCAGCCACCAAGACCCCUCCCUCUUUCUCACCUCACACGACAAAAGGCUGAGCAGCCACACGCCCCUGGAGCACUACGCUAAGGAUUCCCUCAGCAGGUCCUUCUGGGGAGAAGGGGAGGAUCUGUCCUCGAAGCCCCGUCCUGGAGUGGCGCAGCACCCGGUGACCGUCCACAGGACGCCUCCUGUGACGUCCACUGCGGACGGGGCGGAGGAACGCAGUGACGCAGGCGUGGCCUACUUCCCCAGCCAAUGCACGCAGGACCACAGAAGUGCCUCUAGUAGGACUAACCCUCAGCAGCAUCCCGCUCCCACAUAAGGAUCCUUUACACUCCUCGUCGCUGCACCCCUCCCCCUCCUUCACCCACUACCUCCAAAGAGACUCCUCACAUUCUGCCAAAGAUGCUCUCUCGUAUGUUUACAUUCCCCCUUUCACCCAAGAGGGGAUACGCUGACGUUCUCCACUGAGGCAAAAGACGACGGCCGCGUCGGGGUCGUAGGACUGGACCCCUCCCGGUGAUUAAAAGCGACCCCCUCCUCCUCAACACCGGCACCUCUGCAGGGCGCCUCUUUCCCACAUCCCUACGGUCACUCGUCUUUUUUUUCUCUUUGUAGAGAAAGCUAUGAAUGUAUGCUUCAAAGAGCCAUGUUGGAUGGGAUCGUCCCUGCUGCUACGGGGCUGACAUUGUGCUGCCACACGAUGGCAGUUUGCUUCAUCAUUCCCGGUACAAAGACGUCUGUUGGAAACAUCCUACACAACUUUUUGGUAAAAAAUUACAAACCAUCUCUCCUUCCCGACUGGGGGGAAAAGAGGGGUUUUUAAACUGGGGGGACAACUGUAGCUCCCUCACCAGCAGAUUGUGGGAGUAAAUGUAGGUAAGGACCCUGAAAGCGUACGUCCCACAUUCCCACAGCUAUUCUGACUGACUGACCGUCAAACUAUGCUAUCCCAGUAUCCUGUUAUGCAAAUUCCAGAGACAGUGAACACCAAAAUGUGGUGUUAUAUUAUGAAUAUAUUAUGAAUAUAUCCUAUAUCAUCUUUAUCUGAUCUUUUUUUGUUUUUUGUCCUGUGUGAAACACAAUUGUUAUUUUCUUCACUGUAUAUCUUCGUAAUGAUAAGCAGUUUGGGGACAAAGCGUACUUUUGUUUUAGUUUUUUUUUGCACAAUGUGACAAUCAGUUUUGCUUUUCUAAGUAACCUCAUUCCGGUCACAUUAUGGUUUUUAUAUACAGGAUGCACUGAAUAAUUUUUCCCUUCUUCUCAUACCGUACAGGCUCUUAAUGUAACAGUGGUACAGUUUUAUGCAGUGUACAUGCUGUUGGCCUGGAAACCCCCCCCCCCCCCCUCCAUUCCAUUCCAGGGCCAAUCACUACUUUUUUCAUUAACAGCCAAUAUGGCUGCCGCUGAUUUGGAUGUUCAUUGAAACCAAUAUCGCGAUCAUAUUCAUUGAACUGGACAUUUUUCUUAAAACUGCAGUGUGUAAUAUUUUAGAAUAUGUAUUCACAGAAAUGGAAUAUAUUGUCCAUAACUAUGUGUUCAUAUAUGUAUAAUCACCUGCAACAAAGGAACGAUGUAUUUUCGUCAACUUUGAAUGAGUUAAAUAUAGGUUUGUUAGGUGUACCUGACCUCUGUGUGCGUCGCCAUGUUUGUUACGUCGUGUUGUGCAGGUAUAAUGGAAUGCAGCGUUAAAUACGGUUGUUGCAGAAGACGGUUUCAGAAUACGUCGCAUUCGCGUCGAAUUUCCAGCGCAGCCGAAAACCGAAUAUGGAAUUAGCGGUGCGCCAUCAUAAAGUGUCCCCUGUCGGGUGCUCGGUCGGUUGCAGUUUGCAGCUUGCAGCUUUACCACCAUAUGCCGCCAGAAAAGUAAAAAAAUUACACAAUGGGGCUUUAAAGAAAACCUGCACUUACAGUCUUGAUAAGAAAAACGUUUUUUUCCCUAACAACCAACAGAAUUUGUUAGAGCUUUAAUUAAAUUUAUUUCACGUUUCAUUGCUCUGAUUUGCUCUCAAGUCUGUCCAAUGCUGUCCAGAGUCCUUGUAUUGUCUGACCAUUAACACUUCUUAUCAUCAUGGUUAAUCAAACGAGAAGUUCCAGACUCAUUUGCAAACGCAGGUUUGCCCGGUGACGCCAGGCCAGCACGGCGCGUUACACUGUUUGUUUUGUUUCCCCCUCAAAGUUCAUGAUCUUUCCACAGAAAUUGAUUGAAGCCUUGGUUUUCACCCAGGACUGUGAAAAAUGAGAAUGUAUUGUUAUUAUUUUAUACAUGUAUGUACUGUAUGUAUGUGUGUGUACAUAAGGCUAGUUGUCUAUUAAAUUCUACUUGUCCCUUUGCAGAGCGGUUUGAGACGUAAGCUGCAGUAACUUAAAAAAAAAAUAUGAAGCUGAUUCAUGUUAAGCCUUUAUAUUGUCCCAGGGUUAUGCAGAUGUUAUUUUUUAUAUCUUAAACAUGUUGAUCAAGUUACAAGAUGACACAUUUUCUUCUGAACUUUGUGUUAUUUUCAGGUAUGACUCAACUUCAGGUUCAGCAAAGGUACCCCCCCCCCCCCCAAAAUGUCAUGAAAAAACGACUCCCGUGUAAAAGAAUGUGGACUCGUCUCAACAGGUUUUCGUCUCCGGUCGUCCUUUAAAAAGCCUCUUUACUAUCGCAGUUCAGAGGCUUUGUUUGGGACGCUCUGAAAAUGUACUGUGCGCGCUCAACAUAUUUAGCAGAUUGUGCCGAGUUGGCAGUUUAUUAGGUAAGUCUAGUUAUACUGAAAUCAUGCACUACGUCCUCCCUUCACGGAAGUUAGGAUCAGCUUCUGUUGCAACUGGUUGUUGAUUCAGUGACAGUGUAUUUUGCAAGAUGUCUGUUUUUUUGUCUGCCCCAUUUAGGUCAAUAUGAGUCGGCCAAAUAACAGAAACACGGUUAUAUAAUGGAUAUUCUCCCUGUUUUCAUUUUCAUUUUGGUCAUUUCUGUGAUGUUACUGUUGCAUUCUGCUCUUUUAUGUUUUGAAGGAAGGAUUUGCCAUUUUCCUACUCACACACUCACACUCGUAGCUCGGACACGCUACACGAUUUCGUAAGAUCGCUGCACUGUUCAUACAACGCGACGUGCUGUCUUGUGACUAAUUGUGAUGGGGGGGGGGGGGUCACACGCUACAGGAUCCUUCACCAGUGUCUUCUCUCCAAAGUUUCUCCUCCGGGUUGCGCGGGUUUCCGCUCAGCCAGUGGCGUCUUGCGCUGUCAUUGGCUGUAGUGCAUCAACGCACUCACCGCCAGUCGCAGGAUUUGGGCUCGCCGACAUUUCCAGAUAUUUAGCCUGCUAGAUAUCUGGCAGACGUCGGCGAGUCACUUUGAUCGGGGAGCGGAUAAUCGUGCUUAAAAUCGCCUGGUGUGACCUCGACAUUACAGUCUAGUUUCAGACCCGACACAGUUGACAUUUUCCCGUCCGGCGCCCACAUGGCAAAUGCACUUAGGCCCGUCCGAGUGCCCCAUGUGCGUGUUGGUUUUACAGUUAGAUGUGGGCAGGCCCAUUGUUGGCACAUCGCUGUGGUGUGGCAGUUGGAAGCGAUUCUGACAUCGAUCAACAAAGACCUGGUCUGAAGUCAGUGACUCAGUAUUUCACUGUUAUCAAGGCCGUAACAUCCGCCCACGCAGACGAGUGCACAACUUGGUAACCCCCUUGGCAAAUCCACCACCAGGAUUCUGCCAAGGUGCAGGCACACCCAGCUUCUAAAAGGAUUGGGGGAUGGCUCUCAGGUCGGUUUAUGCUUUUAAACCAUGUGCCUCUUUGUUUUUGUUUUUUUAACAGCGAAACUAGCAAAAUUGGAUUUGGAUACGCCCUGAAUGCACUCGCUCCGUGCCCCAAAUUGUAUUAUUACGUGUCCGCCGCCUCUGGGGGGUCCGAACAUCCCAAGACAAUUUCUUUCGAAUGUCGACUAGAACGAUAAUUAUCAAAGGGGUUUUUGCCGAAAGCCACUCGACGCUCCUGAGCCCCUUUCGUACUUGAACGCACUCCUUUCUGAAGUGGAAGCAGAUUUCUUCGGUUUCUUCAUGUUCUUUCGGACUUCUAGCCUGUGGUCAGUUCCGUGCUCCUUUAGAAAGUAAAAUGAAAACUCCUCAGUGAUAAGUCAAGAUAAUGGAGUUACAUGUCCUGGGGGGGAGCUGCGUCGAUUCCAGUAUUUAUUAUUUUCUGCCAUCCCAGCGUAACAUGAUGUGCUUUUAUAAUGUGUUUUUUUCCUCUCAAACGUCCUUUAUGACUUUAUACCAAAGUUCAUUAGUAACUGCGCUGGCGAUGUCCAAUGCUGCUUUCUUCUUUUUUUGUAUGGUUGAAGUUUUCCACUAGUUUUUUUUUUUUUGGGACCUUAUUUACCUGUACAUUCUGUAAAGCAUGUCUAAAGAGCCUUUUUGUUACACAGACAUUACUCCAACAUUAAACAUGAAUUCUGAUA